AAGUGAUAGAGGUGGUGAUGAAACUUGAGACUUUUUAGUCAGCAAAUUGAAACUUGAAUUUAUCGGACUGACGAGUGGCAGUUGCACAGUGCCAGUCUUACAUACAACUUCGUAAAGAUAACAGAACAUUAUGAAUAUCGUAUUACAUUCAGUGAUUGUCGUGCUAAUAUCAUGUGUGACAUUUGGAUAUGGGGAUAUUCUCUUUAAACCUAAUUCUGGGCAACCGGGUAAUUAUGGUCAAAAUGGACAAUUUGGAAAUAUAGGAUUAGGACAAUCCGGGCUACCUGUACAGCCUGGAUAUAAUAAUCAAUUUGGACAACAGCCUGGACAAUUUGGACAGCAGCCUGAACAGUUUGGACAACAAGCUGGACAAUUUGGUUUACCUGUACAACCUGGAUAUAGUAAUCAAUUUGGACAAUCAGGACAAGCUGCUCUACCUGUACAACCUGGAUAUAAUAAUCAAUUUGGACAAGUUAUAAUGCCUGGACCACUUAGCCAAAUGGAACAACCUGGAAUAUCUGGGUCAUUUAACCACAUUGGACAAUCCGGAAUGCCUGGGCAAUUUGAAUCAUCUGUAUCAUCAAAUAAUGCAUACAUAAAUUCUGUACAUUCAGAAUUUGAACGUUACCAAAAUCUAAAUAAAGAAUUAGAAAAAAAAGUUAUAGAAAUGAUUCAAAACAAAACGAUUCGAGUACCACCAAAUUUUUCACAGUAUUCAGGACCAGUACAGCCACAAAUUUCUCAACUACUUUUACCGUUACAUUUUCCAAAUGUUCCUCCGAAUAUUCCUUUACCUUCUCUGCCUCAGCCUCCAUUACAACCCAACCCAAUUAAUCCUCCUUGGAUACCAUUUCAGCAAAACAAUCAACAAUUGUCUAAUAUCAGACUCCACCGAUCUUCACCUGCUGAAAUUCAAACGCUUCAAUCGCAAGGUUAUCAAAUUGUAAAGCUACGAGAUUAUCAAAAUUUCAAUCAACUCCCGAAACCAGGGUUCGCUUUUUCCGGACCCAAUAUUGGGCACAACGAACAAACAUCUGAUAAGCAAAGGAGCAGCUCGUUGGCCAAGAACUCGACCUUAGAUGCGUCAAAAAAUAAUUCAAAUGACAAAGAACACAAAACUGAUCUACGUGCAGCAAGUUCAGAAGACGAUUACAUCGUCGGAUCUCCUCUGCAAAUUCACAAACAUCAACAAAAUAUUGAGCAGCAUCAUCCAGUAGGAAAAACAGAUCACAUGAAUACAUUCAAUUCAAACAGUUCCAAGGAACAGGAAUUAAAAGACUCUGAGCUAAAAAAUUCAGCAUCAAAUUCAAACAAAAAUCCUUCAAAUUCUCUCACUCGUAAUAAUUUCACAGAAACGAGUAAUUCGACAAAAUCUGGGCAACCACAGCUUCCAAACGAUAAAUUACUCAAAAACGGAACCGAUGGGUUAAAAAAAAGAUUUGGUGACGAUUACAUUGGAUUAAUGGAAGAACUACCCAAAAAUAAAACAGAAUUAUCUCCAACAAAGGCACCAGCACAAGUAUUUUACAGGGCUGCGUUCAAUGGAAACCCUCACAAUCCAUUAAUAUUAUCGUCGUCUACCAAAACCAUGGCUGUACCGGUAUCAACUUCAAACAUUUACAAUUACAAUCCAUACAACUCCUAUACUCCUGUUAAUUCUGCUGGGCGAGCACUUUAUCCAUUAUCAAAUGUUUGGCCGAGGUAUGCAACGUAUAAUAAUAAUUAUCAAGCAAAUUUAAUGAACUCUAUGCCGCGGAAUUUAAUCAACCCUAUGAAUAAUUUUCAAAAAAAAUUACCAUAUGCAUCAUCUUAUUAUUAUAAUUAUCAAUAAUUAUUAAUUUUUUUACUAAUUACUAGGGCCAGGAUUUUUGCGUUAAUUUAAAAAUAAUUAUUAAUUAGAGGUGUGAAUUUUUUUAUAUUACGGGGAAAAUAUUGGUCUUAUUAAAAAAUUUUUCGAACAAAAGUUGUAGGAAAUUUAA